CAAGAAAGAGGCAUCUGCCUCCCAUUUUUCUUUUCUUUCAAAUCCCUAACCACCAAAUUUAUAAUCCAUCGGUACAUUGAAAAUCGCAAAAAGAUUGAAUUUUGUUGAAAGGAUCUAAGCCUCCAAGUCGAAGCUCGAAGUUGCUGUCUCAGACAGUAGCAUGACUAACCCAAAGAAGCAAAAUGAUGGAAAACCACAUUUAGUUUCUCAGAUUGAUUUUGAGUUGCAAAUUUCAGUUGAGAGCUAUAUUUCUGGACUUGGUUUAAGACCUGAUGAACGUGAAACAGAUUUUGCAAGGACACGGAGUUAGUUUGAGAUGUGGUGAUAUAUGCUGCUGUCGAAAUUCCAAAAUGCCGAAGGAGAGAAGAGAUCGUUCCGUGUCUUUUGAUGGGUAUCAGAGGUCGCCAUUACCAUACAACUCCGGCUGUAGUCAUCGAUCUUCUGCAAAGCUCUCUUCAGAAACUGAGGAAAAUUUGAAGGAAUGGGAAGAAGCCAGGUGCCCUGUCUGCAUGGAGCAUCCACACAAUGCAAUUCUCCUCGUAUGUUCUUCCCACGAGAAGGGUUGCCGUCCAUACAUGUGCGAUACAAGUUAUCGCCACUCUAAUUGUUUUGAUCAAUUUCGCAAAUCAUUUGUGCAUGCCUCAACAUCACCAAAUCCUGUACGAGAUGGAGCUCAACUUGUUAUGACAAACUUAUCACCAGCUGCAACUUCAGAAUCAACUGUCACUGAUUUGCCGGAAGAAAGAACCGAGGAAGGGCCCUCCGCUCCAUCAAUUUCUCAACUUUCAAAACUAGUGUGCCCUCUAUGUCGUGGUGAGAUAAAAGAUUGGAUCGUUGUUGAGCGAGCUCGCCAUAUCAUGAAUUCCAAACCUAGAAGCUGUGCCUCUGAAACAUGUAAUUUUUCUGGUGCUUAUAAAGACAUAAGGAAGCAUGCAAGGGUUGAGCACCCUACUGUGCGGCCAACAGAGGCUGACCCCGAGCGACAGCAAAAUUGGAGGAGGUUGGAACGGCAGAGAGACCUCGGGGACUUGGUUAGCUCACUGCAAUCUUCAUUUGGGGAGGAAGGAGAUGGUGAUAACAGCAUUUUGCCCAUUGAUGAUGGAAGUUGGCUCACCGUCUUUUUCCUUGUUCGAGUGUUUGGACCAGGGUCCAGCUGGUCUGGCACAUCAAGGACGAGAACGAGUACUAGGAGAUCUACAAGACAUUGGGGAGAAAACUAUGAGGGGGAAACUGGAUCCACCCGAGACGAGGAUGAAAAUGAGUCUUCAGACAGUGAUUCGUUUUACUGGGGGCGCCGUGGUAGGAGACGGACUGCUCGUGACAAUCAACCAUGAAUAUGUAUCUUUAAGGAGAUCUUUUUAUCGUCGAACAUCAAAGUUUCAGUUUCCUGUGUUUCCCGUAAUCUACAUCUAGUAGUAGUCUGCUUUGUCUGGUAAGUUUUUCAUUCAACGGC